CAAAAUCCCCUCUCAACCCUCAAAGCUUUCAAUCCAACCGUCGCGUAGAGAUUGGCGCCGCUCCGCCGCUGACGCUCACCUCCUAUUGCCGUCGCAUCUCCGCUCCGGCAAGAUUCAAAGCUGAAGCUAUGAAAGCGUUCAAGAUUAAUGGAAGCACUCUUUCCCUUGCACUUUUCACUGAUGUCACCAAUUCAAAGGAGCUCUUAGAAAGUAUGCAAGCUGCAACAUUGGAACCAGAAGUUGCAUUCCUCAAUGCUUUACUUAUUCCAGAUGUAUUUCCUGUUCUAGCUGCUGGCCACAAGACGCUCAUAGCCAAGUCGCGGGAUUCUUUGACAACGCGCACGCUUCAUUCAGAGCUGGUUUACAAUUACUCGGGAUCCAAGCAUAUUACAGAGUCGUUGAAAAGAUGCGGCAUCUCUGAUACCACAACUUACAUCCUUGCUGCUCGUUUUGAUGCUACUCCUGAGGAGAUGAAAGCAAUUGAGAAGUUAAUUAAUGGGAAAGAGGUUGACCUGGAAGAGCUGGAAGCGAGAGCAAACCAGGCCCAGAUACAAAAACAUUACAAGAUCUCUGGCCCAGAGCUUGGUGUGUCAUCACUUGCAGAUGCAAUCACUUGCCGUAUAGCUGCUCGUGAUGCGUUGUGAGGAAUGAUUGUCAUCUGCUAAUGCUAUUCGCUUUUUAUUGAGUUCCAUUUGUGAAAAAAUGGAAUUGUAAAAGGAAGCUUUCAGCUCCUUUGCUGGCCGGUUCGUCUUUUCACAUCUGUUGUCUCUGUACUUCCUUUUUCCAUGUAAAAAAAAAUGUCACAUUAGCUGUAGAAAAUGAGUAUUAACCCAUACCAAUGGGAAACCCAGUUAGGCAGAUAUGGUUUAUGUCAAGGUGGUUGAACUCUCUGCUUUGAAAACUAUGGUUUCAUAAAUUACAUGGAGCUGAAUAGUGAUGCCAUGUUAUUAUU